CAUCGUCUCUCUACCAGGUGAAUCUCUUACUAUUUCGAUUCAAUAAUUUGAGGGAUUUCAAGCUCCAGUUUUUCGAAUAUGGCGGAAGUAAGUCUUGGUAUGCUUAUAGACAUUGUGGACGAGGAGUGGAUGAGGGACACUUUGCCUGAUGAUGAUCUUCCAUUGCCUCCAGUGCUUGUUGUUAGGACUGAUGAUACUGAAGAAACCAAUCAAGAAAAUCAGCAAGCAGAUGCAGAAACUUGGCGCGAUCUUGCACUGGAUACACAAUAACAGCCUAAGUACAAUGGAUGAAGCUUCUUAAAAGUCUUGUUUCUCGUUGUGUAUUAUCAAAAUCAAAAACAAAACUUUUCUAGGCUUUUGUAUGAAGAAGACAGCAUUGCUUGCUUCUAUUUAAGUAUUUAUUAUGUUGGUGGGAUAAAUUUGCUUGUUAAUU